AUGAGCGACUUUCAAAGGUCUUUUGCAAGAGCCCACCUAUCUCGUCUUCCUCCUGAACCUCCUGCUAUCCCCGACGAACAACAAGACGCUACCCGGGAGGACUCGCUCGACAUCCGUCCCUCAUCUCCAAACGACUCCUUGUCCUCUGCUUCCUCCGCCUCGUCCACCGGUACCAUCGUCCCGUCCCCCAGUCGAAAUCUGUUCGAAAGGCCCAAAGGCGCUGCCCUCAAGUCCCGCUCAGCACCACUGCCUUGGGAAGAUUUCUUUUCACAGGAACUCUUCCUCACGCAGAAGAAGCCUUCAGAAACCACUGUCCAUCAUGCCUACCUGAACCCACCCACGUCUUCCGGACCCUUGGUUGUUACUCAUCAUGGCGCUGGAUCUUCGGGCUUGUCAUUUGCCUCGUUCACUGCCGAGUUCCUAAAGCUGAUCCCUGAUGCAGGUGUCUUAUCAUUGGAUGCCAGGGGACAUGGUCAGACAACUACUACGGAUUCAACAGGCGUCGCCCUUUCCGUCCAAGACUUGAGCUUGACGACGUUGGCUGCAGAUGUGGCUUUCGUGGUGAACGCCGUGAAGACGGAGAUGAAAUGGACGGCCUUGCCUGAUAUCGUGCUCAUCGGGCACAGCCUUGGGGGCGCCGUGGUGACCGAAGUGGCUCAUGAACGACUUUUGGGCAAUGCUCUCCUGGCAUACGGCGUCUUGGAUGUUGUAGAAGGCUCGGCCAUGGACGCUUUACGCAGUAUGGACACUUAUCUCUCCACAAGACCAAAGUCCUUCCCAUCUCUUGCUUCCGGCAUUGACUGGCAUCUCAAAUCUCGCACAAUACGAAACACUAUAUCGGCCAGGGUUUCUGUCCCGCCCCUUCUCCAAGAGUCCAAGGCUCACGAUCAAUGGUUAUGGCGCACCGAUCUGGCUUCAACAAAGCCUUUCUGGGAAGGCUGGUUCAUUGGCCUGUCCAAGAAGUUCCUCGAGUCCCGGGGAGGGAAACUAUUACUUCUCGCCGGCACAGAUAGGCUUGAUAAGGAACUUAUGAUCGGACAAAUGCAAGGUAAAUAUCAACUUCAGGUAUUUCCAGAGGCAGGCCAUUUCAUCCAAGAAGAUCAACCAGCAAAGACAGCUCAGGUGGUCGCUGAUUUCUACAAGCGAAAUGAUAGAAGCGGACUUGUUCUGCCACCCAAGGUGGAUGAUCUGAUCAAGCAGGGCAAAUUAAAACCAGCAAGCCAUAAAUAA